AUGACUGGGUACGAAAAACCCUCCUUCCCACAAUCCAUUUCAGAACUUAUUAAAAAACCAGAGACGACACUUGAUGACAUUAUUUUCGAUCCAAACAUUUCUCACGCCAUAGAAAGUCCAAUACAAGAAUUUGUAGACUUCCUUUCACGUGAAGACAUCUUGAACUCUCUGAUGGACUAUACUUUGACAACUAAAAUGAUGAAGAAGGAGCACUUUAGAAGAUCUGCAGUUAUUUGCAUUUCUUUAUUAACUUCUGAUAUCCUUGGAUUUGAAACGAAAUUGAUUCAAAAUGGAUUUUUAUUGAACCAGUUCAAGCAAUUCAUAAAUUCAGAAUACUCCAAGGACCCAAUGGUUUCUGGUCAUUUCCAAAGAAUUUUAAUUUCAUCAGCCCGUUUGAGUUCCGGUAAAAUAAUCCGCGAUUUCCCUGAAUUGAAGAUAUACUUAUUUACUCAUAUGCACAAUUUAGCUCUCCGUGAGCUUGUUAUAGUUUUGGCAACAGAUUUCAAAGAAUCUUUCGAUUUUACCAUUGAAACUAUCAAGAAAAUUUGCCAACACCUUCCAUCAGUCGCAAACCCAUACAAUUUCAUCUCUGCGUUUAGAAUUAUUUGCAAACUUCAAUCUCAUCACUAUAAUUUCUUCAAUGAUCCUCAAAUCGUCGAGACAAUAUUAAAUAUCGGUGUUACAACACAGGAUCCACUUCUUGCUUCCGAAUGCUUCUUAUUUGUUGAGAAAUUAACUCAUUGCUUCCCAUUUGUCCACGAUCUCGUCAACAAAUUCGAAAAUAAAUAUACAUUUGAUGCAAGCAAAGUCACAUGCGCUACAGCUACAGCCUUAAAACUCUUCAAAACAGGAGUUCCAACUUUUAUCGAUUCAUUCUUCCAAAACAAAGGAAAUACAGGUCUCGAUUUAGCUCUUAUCCACAUUAUAUCCGAAGUUCCUGACGACCAGCUCUCAAAUAUCAUCAAAGAACAUAAAAUCGUAAAUAGAAUUAUUGAAACAUUCGGAAAGAGCAAAACGAACGGCCAAAUAACAGCCUUUGCCCAAUACAUUGCAGCCCGUACCAAAAAUAUCCCAGAACUCCAAACAGAUGAAUGGAUUGAAUUUGUAUCUACGAAAUUGACACCAAGAAUCAAGCUAAGAGACACACCAUACGCAGGAGGAAUUCCUCACUCGGCGUUCUCCACGUACGAUGACCACGCAGUCUAUCCAGACACGGAAUUCAACAUCGCCGAAGAUGAUUUCAACGAAGAAGAGGUUUUCUCCGACGGACAUAGCUCUGCUGACAAUAGCUUCGACUGCUACGACGACUACGAUGAAGAACCAGUCGAAAAAGCGUCAGUUCAGUUUAUUGAAACUCAAUCUACUUCUCCGGACACUGUUGAGCCAAGAAUCAACAGGUUCAUUAGGGAUAGCAGCAUUCCAAAUCUAUCAGACAAUUAA